AUGGUGCACUCCCAACGCAUCUCCGGCGUGACGGCGUCGCGUCAGCCUCGCGAAUUUCCAUCCACCGGAUUCGAAGUAAUACGUUCAGAUCAACAAAUUGAAGAAGAGCGGCUACCCUUUUACAGACGGAGUGACUACUAUCCAAUGCGGCUCGGUGAGGUCAUCCGUGACCGUUAUCAGGUCGUUGCAAAGCUCGGUUAUGGCACGAGUUCCACCGUCUGGCUUUCUCGUGACCUUCAAGAGAAUUCAUACUGGGUCCUCAAGGUAUAUAUUAAUACCUUGAAGCAAAACCAAGAAUUGAGAGUUUACAAGCAUUUGGCGGAGAUGAGGUCAGAUCUUGCAGAUGAACCUGGCCUCGAAAAUGUCCGCCAAAUUAACGAAUCAUUCCCGAUACAAGGGCCGAGUGGUGUCCACGAAGUACUCGUCAUGAAACCUCUAGGGAUGAGUAUGAGAACGCUUCAGAAUAUGCAGAAAAAGAAAACUUUUCACCAGGAUAUUGUUGCCAGAGCGGUGGAGCAAGUACUACUCGGGAUAAACUUCCUGCACGAGGCCAACGUGAUUCACACCGAUUUGCAUUCAGAUAACCUGCUAAUCGCUUUAACGAGUGACAACAUUCUUUCAAAGGUGGAAGACAAUGAGAUUUAUAAGCCAUCUCCACGAAAACGAAUAGGCGAUACUAUCAUAUAUGUCUCUCAAUAUGUGCUGGGAGGUGCAGGCGCGCUUACCAUCAGUGACUUCGGCCAAGCACGCAUAGGCAAGGAGCAAAGCGGAAAUGCAAUGCCGGUGCCGUAUCGAGCGCCUGAGGUUAUUCUUGGCAUGCCGUGGGGUCCUUCUGUGGAUAAUUGGAGUGUUGGGCUUCUGGCCUGGGACCUUCUGGAGAAGGAGCCCCUGUUCCGAGUGUACAACCAUGAAUCCGAAGAGCAAAAUAAUGCAUGCCACCUUGCAGCGAUGACUGCCCUUUUAGGCUCACCACCACCUGAAUUUCUAAAGAGAACUGUCAAAUCUCGAAAAUAUUGGGAUGAAGAUGGUGAGCACUCUACUACACAUAACCCCGUCCAGUUCUAG